UCUGCUCGCUUUUUUUCCUCCCUUACCUCUCCCUCUGUGCGAUGGUUCGGUCUCACCACACAGAUUUCAUUCAUAAAAUUCCAGCUCACUAUAAAAGGCGGGCCUCUCCACUAUCUGCACAGUUACCAUUUAUGAACCCGGCAAAUGGAAUAUAAGUAGGGGCUUGUUUAGGCGUCAGUCUUAGAUUAAGAUAGGCUACUCUAUCUUUUCUUAUGCAGUGAUUUUUUUUUUAGUCGACAACAUGCAUCCAGACUCCAGCACUGAGUUCGACUCAUCGUCCAGCUGUAGCACAGCAUCGCCUGGCGGGGACACCCCUGGGUGCAGCCAGCAUCCUCCUGACUCGCUUUCAUCAUCAGUGGACAGCGCCAAGGAUACUGAGACCGGUGCAGCAGACUCCUUUGUUCCGACUGUGACUGCAAUCUCAACCUCGCCGGAUCUAAGGUGGAUGGUGCAGCCGACAGUCAUCACAUCUGUCUCUCCGUCUGCUGGCCGUGCAAAGACCAGAACUCACGGCUCGAGCCAGUCGUCUUCCCCCCCGGCAGGUGCAACCAAGGCAAAGCCCUCCAACAGGAAGGGGCUGAAAGACAAGCCUUCCAAAGAGGAGGAGGAGAGGAGGAGGAUCAGGAGGGAGAGGAACAAGAUUGCUGCAGCGAAGUGUCGCAACAGACGGAGGGAGCUGAUAGACACUCUGCAAGCUGAAACGGACAAGCUUGAAGAUGAGAAGUCUGCCCUCCAGACAGAGAUAGCCGACCUGCUGAAGGAGAAGGAGAGGCUGGAGCAGAUCUUAGUCUCCCAUGAACCAUCCUGCAAACUCCCUGCAAAUGACGACGGUGAUGAUGAUGAUGAUGAUGAUGAUGAGGAUAAUGAAGAUGAUGUUAACACAAUGCUGCAGGAUCCUCCGGCCUCCCCACAGUUGCUGUCCAUCUUAGAGAAUGGAAAAACUCCAGAGAGCAACACAACCAUUGGAGAAGCCCCAAUUGGUCAAGACAUGGACAGUGACCCCUGCAUCCCUGCUGCAGCCAUUUUGGGGAACUCCAACAUCCUCCUGUGCUCAAGCGCUGAAGAGGAGGCUCUGGAGGACUUGAAAGGAGAUGACCUGGACGACCUGGUGCCCAGCCUGGAGAUGGCAGUGACUCCAGAGAUGGCUGCGUCCGUCCCCGACAUAGACCUGAGCGGCCCCUUCUGCCUCUCAGACUGGGAAACCCUGUACAAGUCUGUGGCGAACGACCUUGAAUCUUUGAGCACACCCGUCAUGUCUUCCAGUCCCACUUGUAGCAAUUACCGCACAGUGUUUUCCUUUAAUUACUCCGAGAUUGAUUCCUUGGCUGAGGGCUUCGAGAGCCUCAAAGGCAGCCUUGGUGCGUCUGAGUUAAUGAAAGAUAGUCUUAACUCUCCAACACUUCUGGCCUUGUGAAUGCAAAGAAGUUAUGCAAUGAUACUGUAAUUGUAUUCAAACCAGCCAGGAAGCUACAAUAUCUCUCUUUCUCAAAAACAAUGUUUUGUAGUGUGAGUUUUGAUGUUGUGUAAAUCGAAACAUCAAAGGUUGUGUACAUGACAUGUUUUCUGUGGCUGUAACAGGGUUGACUUCUUCCAUACUGCUGGUGCAGGUCUCCGAGUCGAGACUAGGCGCAGGCGACAAAAAUGCAUGCAAAUACGAGUCAUCCGUAAUCCAAGAAGAGGUGGUAUCUUGUGUUUCUAAAUGUGAUGUGACGCUUGAUCAAUAGCUGUAUGUAUGUGUAAUACUGUUGACAAAGUUGUGUUGUAUAACAAGUGAAACUAGCAGGGUUACUAAUGUGUAGUGUAUAGGUGUCACAUCUUGCUGUAAGGUGUCCCCUAACAUGACAUUUCCUUUAAAGUUUUUUCCAUGAACAAAUUAUCAUGUCAUGUAUUUUAUCAAGAUGUAUUUUAUGACAUAGUUUAUUUUUUUACUUAUCAAAAAUGAUCAGAUGCAAAAAUUGUAUAACGCUGGAAAUAAAAUAAGACAACCACAAACGUCUUGUUCAUUCAGUCCGAAAUAUUCAUUUGAAUAAAAAGUCUCACCAUCAGGGGGCGGACAGUAAUAGAGUGCAUUUUUUGAGUAUCUAUACUUUACUUGGGUAUUCU